CGCAGCGAUCGAUGGCGCGGCUGCUGCCGACGCGCACUCGUACGGCUGUUGGCUGUUGCCGUUCAUUUCAAUUUCAAAAAAGUUCGACGGCAACCGCCAAAUGGUCAAGCAUGUGCAGUGUUUGUCAACAACGAGUUUUUAAGCGCGUGUCAGUGCGUCAUGCUUAUCAGUGCUUAUUUUAUUAUUGAUUUACAAAACACAUAGAACGCGACGACGACGACGACAAGAUCCGUGGAGCCAUCGGGGGCACGACAGCUGCAGAACAACAACAACAACAACAGCAGCGGCAGCAGCGACAGCAGCAGCAGCAGCAGCAGCAAUAGCAGCCGACCAAUCGGAGAAAGCAUCGUUUUCAACGCGACGAGGGCCAGUGAAUUCGAAAUUGCGGGGCCGACGACAACAACAACACUAAAUGCAGCAGCAGCAGCAACAACAACAGCUACACUGCCCGAAGGAUAUGUCUUCGUCGCCGGCUGAUGGCAUCUGUGUGCUGCGCGAGCUGCCAUGCCAGCAUCGUAAUACGAUUCACGAUUUCAAGAGUGAGUUUAUACUCCCGACCAAGGACAAUGUCAUCGGCAAGGAGCAGCAGCGCCAGGAGUUCUCCUCGCCCCAGCGCUUGGAUGAGAUGCUCAACAACUUCAUCGGUGCCGACAAGAGGCACUCUUGGGAGAAGAGCAGAAAGAGAACGAGAGCGAGCAUGACAGCCAAGAAGCUCGAGACGCAAAUGAGGCAGUACUUCUCCAGCCAGGAGCAGAAUCUGGCUGUUGUCGAGAACUCAUCCAUAUGCAAAAUGCUGGCCACCACUUGUUUGGCGAGUGGCAAAGAAUUGGAAGCGUGCUGUCAUCUCAUAGCAUCGCAUGCGUCAUGUUUACGUCAACAAAUAUUGUACAGAAAUAUCAAAUCCGAAUUGAGGCUUAACAUUCUGCAAGAGUCAAGAGUUUUUAAUUUAGAUCCAAAAGAUUUGGACAUCAAUCAUCUCAAUGCAAAUACAAAUCCUAAAACAAUACUGCCCACUCUUCGACAGCUUCCUGCAGAAUGGUAUGUACUACAAAUAACAGCUGAACAUGAGCACUUAACAGAAAUAAAGCACAGAAUACAGCCUGCUGAAUUUAUGUAUGAUUUAAAGCCAAUGCAUGGUAUUCAUCUUGUAGUCCUUCCAACGGGCCAGAAUGCUACCCAUCCUAUUUGUAUAACGCUGCCUAAACCGAAACCUGUUUCAUCAUACGACAUACGGAAAGAAAUAGAGUCAUUGUUAAAUAAUAACAAAUCAGACUUGACAGCAGCAUAUAACAACAAUGAACAAUACUGGAAAAUGCGUAAAAAACAGAAUGAACAAAUGAUUAGUGCCAUUUCAGAGGUAGAAAAUUCUUGGCUGAGAGAAUGGAGAAUUUUAUUUCAGGCAGACUAUAUAGAACAUUUGGAUUUAGUCAAAGAUAUACAUAACAUGAUUGAUAAGCUUAUAGCAGAUUCGUCUAUUAAAGAAAUUUCUGGAAGAACUAGAUGGCUUUUGAAGAAAAUUGCUACUGGAGCGUGUUAUUUAGAGAAUUAUGAAAUAGAAAAAGCAGUCAAAUAUGUUUUACCAACUCAAACUAAAUUUGCAAAAAAUGUUAUUUUAUCAAUUGUUGCUAAAACAAAAGUAAUGGAAAUUUUGAAAACAGCUAAAAGAAAGCCACUAGUUUUAAUCUUAGAUGAAUGUUUAGAUCACAUAUCUUUUGAAUCGCUGAAAUUGUUGAAACAUCAGCCAGUUACAAGAUUUCCAUCACUUCAUCUUGCAUAUGCGUUAUAUAAACAGCAUAAAAGUACUAUAGUAGAUGGUUACAAAAUUAUCAAAGUGUCCAAAAACUUGGGAACAUUUGUUGUGAAUCCCUCCUUAGAUUUGAAAAAAAUGGAAAUAAGAAUGAAGUUAUUCAUUGACUAUUGGUUACCAAAAUGGGAAGGACUGUAUGGUAUAAAACCAGAUUUGAACUUUUUCAAAAACGCCUUAACAAAUUAUAAUGUCCUGAUGUAUAAUGGGCAUGGCAGUGGUAUUCAAUUUUUAAGAGGUGAAGAAAUAGAAAGAAUGAGAGUCCUAGCAUCAGUAUUAUUAUUUGGAUGUGGCAGUAUCAAACUUCUACCUGUUGGCGGUAGAUUACCUGCCUAUGGAAUUUCAAAUCAAUACCUAAUGGGCUGUAGUCCUUGUAUACUGGGAAUGUUGUGGGAAGUAACAGAUGCUGAUAUUGAUAAAAUGACUGCUGAGUUCAUUAGCAGUUGGAUUACCUCUGCUGCUAAAAGAUCUUGGUCUGAUGUCAAUCUAUCAGCAUGGAGCAAAGGAGUAAUUGAAUUCAAAAAAGAUCAGCGUAACGAAAUAAAACAUGAAAACGAUAUGUUAGUAGCAGUUUCAAAAUCAAAAGAUAUUUGUAGACAGUACAUGACUUCUGCUGCUAUCAUAGUUAGAGGCUUGCCAAUCAAGUUAGUUGACUAAUUUUUAGAUUCGAUUUAAAUCGAAUUGAUUGUUGUUGGACAUAACUAAGAUAAAAGCAUUUUUAACGAGUAUGUAUUUUUGAUAACAAAAAAUGUACAGACAUUUUUAGUCAGCAUAGGAAAUUAGUUAACAAUUUUUUUAAUUAUUUUAAUUUGAAGAUACUUCACUUUUGUAUCGUGUACAACUUUUUAUCAAUGUUUUUUUUUCUAUAUUGAAUUGGUGAACGACUAGUUUAUAAAAACGUCACCAUCAUGACUACUCUAGAUAGGGCUCGAAACGUACUAUCUUCAAUAUUGUAUUUUGAAUAACUUGUAAUAAAGAAUACAUUUUUAUAAA